AUGUUACAUGUAAUUGCAUCGAUUGACCACAGAAACAGUUUGCUUGAACAAUUUAUGUACGUGAUCUGCAUGUUUUACAUCCAACAUGCGACAAGUGUAAGGGGCUUGUUAGUAAACCGGACAAACUCAGUGCUGAUCUGACUGCUGUUGGGUUUAUGUCGUGAUGGUUACUUAUCUGUUGCUCGCCGGUCUGCUUGUAACUUUGUUACCAUCUACUUUAGCUACUUCGUUGUAUUCUCGGGACAGACAAGCUUUUGGACUUUGCUAUGAAGAGGACUGCUUAUCCGCUCACUUCAGCUAUAAUCCAUAUGGAUGUCAUGGACCAAGCAAGUGGAAACUUGUGACACCAUGCUGGCACGAGUGUGGGGGUAAAAGGCAGUCCCCAGUCAACAUCAAAACAGAACACACACAUUAUAUGCCUCAUUCUUUGCUUCACUUCCACAACCUUUGUACUCGAGUACCUGGUAAAAUCCGAAACAAUGGUCACUCUCCCCACUUUAGUACCGAUGCACGGAUAAUCUCUCUUACUAAUGUUCCUUUACGAGGCUCCGAUAAGUACAUAUUUGAGGAGAUACAUUUUCACAUUGGAAAGAGGGAGGAAAAGGGAUCUGAACAUUCAAUCGAUGGGGACUUUUACCCCAUGGAGGCACACAUGGUGUUUUACAAUGACAAGUAUAAGGACAUCGGAGCGGCAAAAUCCAAGAGGGACGGACUGGUUGUAAUUGGAGUCAUGGCUGAGAUAAAUGACGACGAGGAUGAGGAAAAUCCGCAACAAACCUACUUCAACUGGGGCUACCAACCUAGCAAACUUGAUCUGAAUAAGGCGUGUCCUUGUGUCGGUAAGAGUGACGACUGUUACCACAAGUACUGUCGUUGUCGCCUGAAAAAUGCCAGAAUAAUGAGUACUUUGAUGGAAAAAUACUUCUAUACUGUCCGCGAAUACGUGCCUCCGAAGAAUAAUGGUACUCGUGACUUCGUGCAAUUAACAGAGUUUAUCUCUCCUGUCGACGUUUUGCCCUAUGAUUGGAGCUUUUACAUGUAUGAUGGAUCUUUGACCACGCCUCCUUGUUACCAGACCGUCCGUUGGAUUGUCAUGCGUUGUCCAAUCAGGAUCUCUCUUGAGGCCUUCAAUAUGUAUAAACUGGUUCAAGACGUUCACAAUGUUCCAUUAGUAACAAACGGCUUGCGCAGACCAAUACAACGGCAGUUCAUGCCAGUGUUUAGAAACUUUCACUGGGGUAACAUUGGAGAAGAGACACCAUAUUGUCCAGAUGAGCAGUGAUCUUCCGAUACUUAUUGAACUGUAUUUCUAACUACAUUUUUUUUAGUAACAGCUAAUCACUCUUUACAUUGAAGCUUCAUUUUCAUAUGUUCACUACGAAACAUGAUACAUGUUUUUUAAAUGUAAAAUCUGUGCUGUAAUGCGAUUUUGAAAUAAGUCUUUUUCUGUCUA